UCGGCUUCAAUUUUUCAAUCAGUAAGGCGACUUACUUAUAAAAACAAAGUACUGAGCUGCAUAACGUUAAAGGUUAACUAUGAAGUUCUCCAAUAAAUUGCUUCUCUGUUUUUAUGCACUGGCAAUAUGCGACUGGAUAUUGGCCGCUCCAGAACCUAAGGGCAAGCUCAACAAGACUCUCGAAGAGGUUACUAAAGCGGAUUUCAUAUAUUUUAAUGAGGACCCCAUUAUUACAAGUGAAGAGAAAGCAAUGGAUAGACAAAUAGAGAUGCUCAAUUCGAUAUUAGUUUGGCCCUUUAAGUUCUUUUGCGAUGUGCUGAAGAACGGCUUGAAAGACUGGGAGUACUUGGCAACUCGGGAUUUCGUAGAACGAAGCAAAAAAUGGAUUAAGGGGUAGGUGGAGUCCCAAAGAAGACCAUAGAGAGUUAUACAUACAAUACGCAACCGAACUAUAAAAAUCAAUCACUUUUAGAACACAACAAUACAUUUAAUUUUUAUACAUUAUAAAAUUUACACUAUUAGCAUAAGCAGCUACAUUGUAUUAAAUGGUGAAUGGGUUAUGGAUUAUAAAAUUGUUUUAGCAGCC